AUGUUUAAAAAGAAAGGGAAAGAGGAACCGUCUUGCACGCUGGAGGAGCUACACACCAUCCUGACGUUUGACACAGGAGGGCUGUUUAUGCUGCCUAGCAAUGACUGGGAUGAGGUCUAUCCAGGACUGCUGAUAUCUGAUGGAACUACAGCAAAAAGUAAAAGUGAGUUAAAACGGUUGGGUAUCACCCACAUUUUGAACUGUGCUAAAGGGAAAAGCCCAUAUCAUGUGAACACCAACCAUGUCAUGUACAGAGAUCUGGGGGUCAAGUUCAAGGCCAUUGAAGCAACAGACCAGAUGAACUUUGACCUGAGUCCAUAUUUUGAGGAAACUGCCAAUUUUAUUGAGGAAGCAAUAACAUCAGGAGGUCGAAUACUUGUCCACUGCAGAGAAGGUGUCAGCCGGUCAGCAGCCAUCACCUUGGCCUAUCUAAUGCUGAAGAAACACAUGACAGUACAGCAAGCAGUUAGAACUGUCAGGAAGAAAAGGGAAAUCUGUCCUAAUGAUGGAUUCCUACUGCAGCUGUGUUAUUUGAAUGACAAACUUUUGAAAGCAAAUCAUUUCAGUGACACAGAACAAGACAGCCGACUUCUUUGUUAGAAAACAGUGGAACAGUACAUGGUUUAUCACAUCGUUAAUUUUCACAUUUUGAUGGGAUUUAAAAAAAAACUUUUAAUCCCAUUAUUUUUCUCAAUAUAUGAUGGUUUUCUUCCUGCACUUCACACGAGAAGAAAUUUGACUCUUAGUAAGAGCCUUACAAAGACAAUAAAUCAAGUUGUGAGAAGAAAGUAGGAAGAAAUGGCUUAGUGCCCUUUCGAGGGUUUUGGAAGGCCAUAAAAUUUUACUUUAAAUCUGCAAAAAAAAAAAAAAAAUCAGGUCUCCCUAUGGAACGUGGAAGUAUCGACAUUAAAUUUUUAUCUCCAGUCAAAGUGUAUAACCAGAUCUGGAUUUAGCCAAAUAUAUUAAA